CGGCGGGUUGGGAGCUACCCGGCGGGAGCGGGGUAGGCGCGGGGUCAUCUGGCAGCGCGGACCUGGACAUGGAGCCGCUUGGCGGAGGCCAGGGUCCCGGCCGCGGGACCCGGGACAAGAAGAAAGGCCGGAGCCCGGACGAGCUGCCUGCGGCGGGCGGCGACGGCGGCAAAUCCAAGAAAUUUACUCUGAAGCGGCUCAUGGCAGAUGAGCUGGAGAGAUUUACCAGCAUGAGAAUUAAGAAGGAGAAGGAAAAGCCCAAUUCUGCUCAUAGAAAUUCCUCUGCAUCAUAUGGGGAUGACCCCACAGCACAGUCAUUGCAAGACGUUUCAGAUGAGCAAGUUCUAGUACUCUUUGAACAGAUGCUGCUGGAUAUGAAUCUGAAUGAGGAGAAACAGCAACCUUUGAGGGAGAAGGACAUUAUCAUCAAGAGGGAGAUGGUGUCCCAAUAUUUGCACACCUCUAAGGCUGGCAUGAGCCAGAAGGAGAGCUCUAGGUCUGCCAUGAUGUACAUUCAGGAGUUGAGGUCAGGCUUGCGGGAUAUGCCUCUGCUCACCUGCCUGGAGUCCCUUCGUGUCUCCCUCAACAACAACCCCGUCAGCUGGGUGCAAACAUUUGGUGCUGAGGGCCUGGCCUCUUUAUUGGACAUCCUUAAACGACUCCAUGAUGAGAAAGAGGAAAGUGCUGGAAGCUACGACAGCCGUAACAAGCAUGAGAUAAUCCGUUGCUUGAAAGCGUUUAUGAAUAAUAAGUUUGGAAUUAAGACCAUGCUGGAAGCAGAAGAAGGAAUCCUGCUGCUGGUCAGAGCCAUGGAUCCUGCUGUUCCCAACAUGAUGAUUGAUGCAGCUAAGCUGCUUUCUGCUCUUUGUAUCUUACCGCAGCCAGAGGACAUGAAUGAGAGAGUUUUGACAGCGAUGACAGAAAGAGCUGAGAUGGAUGAGGUGGAACGUUUCCAGCCAUUGUUGGAUGGAUUGAAAAGUGGGACCUCCAUUGCACUCAAGGUGGGCUGCCUACAGCUGAUCAAUGCUCUCAUCACACCAGCAGAAGAACUUGACUUCCGAGUUCACAUUCGAAGUGAACUGAUGCGCCUGGGGCUGCAUCAGGUGUUGCAGGACCUUCGAGAAAUUGAAAAUGAUGAUAUGAGAGUGCAACUAAAUGUGUUUGAUGAACAAGGAGAAGAAGAUUCCUAUGACCUAAAGGGACGGCUAGAUGACAUUCGAAUGGAGAUGGAUGACUUCAGUGAUGUCUUCCAGAUUCUCUUAAACACAGUGAAAGAUUCAAAGGCAGAGCCACACUUCCUGUCCAUCCUGCAGCACUUGCUCUUGGUCCGAAAUGACUAUGAAGCCAGACCUCAGUACUAUAAGUUGAUUGAAGAAUGUAUUUCUCAGAUAGUUUUGCAUAAGAAUGGGGCUGAUCCUGACUUCAAGUGCCGACACCUCCAGAUUGAUAUUGAGGGGUUGAUUGAUCAAAUGAUUGAUAAAACAAAGGUGGAGAAAUCUGAAGCCAAAGCUACAGAGCUGGAAAAAAAGCUGGACUCAGAGUUAACAGCCCGACAUGAGCUACAGGUAGAAAUGAAGAAGAUGGAAAGUGACUUUGAGCAGAAGCUCCAGGAUCUUCAGGGAGAAAAGGAUGCCUUGGAUUCUGAAAAGCAGCAGAUUGCUACAGAGAAACAGGACUUGGAAGCAGAGGUGUCUCAGCUCACAGGAGAGGUUGCUAAGCUGUCCAAGGAACUGGAAGAUGCCAAGAAAGAAGUGGCUUCUCUCUCUGCUGCAGUUACUGCUGUAGCCCCUCCUAGCAAUGCUACUAUUGCCCCCACUCCUGGCAUUGUUAUUCCACCUCCAGCCCCUCCUUUACCAGGGGAGCCUAGCAUACCCCCCCCAGCUCCUCUUCCUGGAGAUGAUACCAUUCCUCCUCCACCGCCUCCCUUUUCUUUGCCUGGGGGUGUUGGUAUCCCCCCACCCCCUCCUUUGCCUGGGGAUGGUAGCAUCUCCCUACCCCCUCUGCCUGGGAGUGGUGGCAUCCCCCCACCCCCUCCUUUGCCUGGGGAUGCUAGUAUCCCCCCACCUCCUCCUUUGCCUGGGAGUACUGACAUCCCCCCACCUCCUCCUUUGCCUGGGAGUACUGGCAUCCCCCCACCUCCUCCUUUGCCUGGGAGUACUGGCAUCCCCCCACCUCCUCCUUUGCCUGGAGGAGCAGGCAUGCCACCACCUCCUCCUCCUCCUCUUCUUGGUGGUCCUGGAAUCCCUCCACCCCCUCCAUUUCCUGGAGGUCCUGGAAUUCCUCCACCUCCUCCUGGAAUGGGUAUGCCUCCACCUCCGCCUUUUGGAUUUGGAGUUCCUGUAGCCCCAGUUCUGCCAUUUGGAUUAACCCCAAAGAAGCUUUAUAAGCCAGAGGUGCAACUCCGAAGGCCAAACUGGUCCAAGUUUGUUGCUGAGGACUUGUCCCAGGACUGCUUCUGGACAAAGGUGAAGGAGGACCGCUUUGAGAACAACGAACUUUUCGCCAAACUUACUCUUACCUUUUCUGCCCAGACCAAGACCAAGAAGGAUCAGGAAGGUGGAGAAGAAAAAAAAUCUGUGCAAAAGAAAAAAGUAAAAGAGUUAAAGGUGUUGGAUUCAAAGACGGCCCAGAAUCUCUCCAUCUUUCUGGGUUCCUUUCGCAUGGCCUAUCAAGAGAUUAAGAAUGUCAUCCUGGAGGUGAACGAGAGUGUUCUCACUGAGUCUAUGAUCCAGAACCUCAUUAAGCAAAUGCCAGAGCCAGAGCAGUUAAAAAUGCUUUCCGAACUGAAGGAUGAAUAUGAUGACCUGGCUGAGUCAGAGCAGUUUGGUGUGGUGAUGGGCACUGUGCCCCGCCUGCAGCCUCGCCUCAAUGCCAUCCUCUUCAAGCUACAGUUUAGUGAGCAAGUGGAGAAUAUUAAGCCAGAGAUUGUUUCUGUGACUGCCGCAUGUGAGGAAUUACGAAAGAGUGAGAGCUUCUCUAGCCUUCUGGAGAUCACCUUGCUCGUGGGAAACUAUAUGAAUGCUGGCUCCAGAAAUGCUGGUGCUUUUGGCUUCAACAUCAGCUUCCUCUGUAAGCUUCGAGACACCAAGUCCACAGAUCAGAAGAUGACAUUGUUGCACUUCUUAGCUGAGUUGUGUGAGAAUGACUAUCCUGAUGUCCUGAAGUUUCCAGAUGAGCUUGCCCAUGUGGAGAAAGCCAGCCGAGUCUCUGCUGAAAACUUGCAAAAGAACCUAGAUCAGAUGAAGAAACAAAUUUCUGAUGUGGAACGUGAUGUUCAGAAUUUCCCAGCUGCCACAGAUGAGAGAGACAAGUUUGUUGAAAAAAUGACUAGCUUUGUGAAGGACGCGCAGGAGCAGUAUAACAAGCUGCGGAUGAUGCACUGCAACAUGGAGACCCUCUAUAAGGAGCUAGGAGAGUACUUCCUCUUUGACCCCAAGAAGUUGACUGUGGAAGAAUUCUUCAUGGAUCUACACAACUUUAAGAAUAUGUUUAUGCAAGCAGUGAAGGAAAACCAGAAGCGGCGGGAGACAGAGGAAAAGAUGCGGCGAGCGAAACUAGCCAAGGAGAAGGCAGAGAAGGAGCGGCUCGAGAAGCAGCAGAAGAGAGAGCAACUCAUAGACAUGAAUGCAGAGGGCGAUGAGACCGGUGUGAUGGACAGUCUUCUGGAAGCUCUACAGACAGGUGCAGCAUUCCGCCGGAAAAGAGGACCCCGUCAGGCCAACAGGAAGGCCGGGUGUGCAGUCACGUCUCUGCUAGCCUCGGAGCUGACCAAGGACGACGCCAUGACUGCUGUUCCUUCUAAGGUGCCCAGGAACAGUGAGGGGUUCCCCACCAUCCUGGAGGAAACCAAGGAGUUGGUUGGCCGUGCAAACUAAGCUGUGUCCUGCGGCCAUAGCAGCUCCUCCAGGAGCCCCAGACUGUCUGGUCCUGUGGCAUGUGCCUCCAGGGUCGCGGAAGUAUUCCUCGGGCUGCUGCUGCUACCACCCUGACCCUCUUCCUCUGUCCAUCAGCACAGCUUCAGCUGCCAGGAGGCCAGCAGGAGAGGGCAGAGCAGGGAGGCCCGAGCCCCACCCAGCCAGCCUGGCUGUCGUAUUACCAAAGCAGGCUCCAUGUUUGCUGCCUUAACCCCAAGUGUCUCCUCUCUGUCACUGAGGCCUUGUCUCAGACGAGGCCCCACCUGCUUUCCCAGCCCCUGCCUUUCCAGUGGGCUUUCCCCUGGGUCAAUCCCACUGGGUUUGUGCUUUUCUUUUGUGGUUUCUCGAGCCCUGCCAACAGCAUGGGGCUUGUGCACCUUUAGGCUCUCUCCCUCCUUUCAUUGCUGUCACCUCUGCUCUGCUGUUCCCCCUCCUGGUUAUUGUUAUUUAUUACUAGUGGUGUGACAGUGGGAGCCAUGCCUAGAGAAGUGGAGAGCAAGCCCCACCCUUACUGCACCUUCCUGGGAACGGCCUCCCAAAACAAAAAGGACCUGGACCACUUGAUCUGUUCUACGGUGGCCAAGAGCCUGUGGAGAGGCAAUGUCUAGAGACACUUUGGGACCCAUCCCCAGCCUGCUGCCAUGUUUUAUGACUCUGCCUCUGUGAACUCUCUAUACCUGCCUGGGCUCCUGAGCCGUGGUCACUGCUCACACCUUCCCCCAAGCUUUGGUGCAUCUCAUCUGGAGUAUGGGCUGUACUGUGACCAUCCCAACACCUCACCCUCUGUCUCCAAGGAAAUGGGAGGUGGAGCCUCCUGGCUGAGAAAUUGUUUUGCAAAUGGAUCUAUUUUUAUAUGAGAUUUUUUUUUUUUUUAAGAAAAUAACUAUUCCUUUCCCCUUUCCCCUCCAUAGUGUAAGAGGCUCUGAUAGCAAGGUCCCAGCAUCCCUGGGAUUUAUCCCCAUAUCCCCACAGGCCUCAAUCCUGAGCAGGACCUUGGACCUUUGCCUCAGCCCUAAGCCUGGCCUGUGUAGAUUCUCUCUCCCAUUAUCCAGUUCUGGGGCACAGCUUCUCUGGUAGAGCUGAACCAGGCCUAAGAAUAAUGGGAGCUCUGAGACCACAGUUUUUAUAAAUUUAAUAUAUUUAUCAAGCCAAAUGUGCAAAUGCUAACUGGGCCCUGGGCAAGUAAGCACAGGAGUAUGGCCACACAGCAUAGCCCUGCUCCCUUCUGAACAGUGGGCAGGCCAAGCUGCUCAGUAGCCCCGGCUCCAGAAAGCUCAGAUUCUCUGGCUCCAGGUGACACUUUGCCCUCCUUGUGCUUUCAGCUUCCCACCCCCAGGUAGGGAGAGAGAAUGGUACUGUUAUGGCUUGACCCAGAAUUCAAGUUGUGGAGCAAAGGGGGGACUUAGGCGACCGAAGCAUUCCUGCAGGGAGGCUUUCAGGCCGGGAACCUGGGUGCUGGCUCAGCCUUCAGGUCUAUGUGUGAAGGUGCAACAGCAGCUCCUUUGAGCUCUUCCCUAGAAGGUGGGGGUGAGGGGGAGGCUGCCUCCCUGAGUCUGCUCCUCCUCCCUGCUGACAUCUGGGGCUUUGACCCUUUCUUUUUUAAUCUACUUUUGCUAAGAUGCAUUUAAUAAAAAAUACACAAAAAACAAAAUGCAAACCUAUUUCCCUUGCCUCUUGGGCUUUUGGGAUUGUCAUCACCUCCAGUUUAUUGGGUUUGUUUCCAGUUGUUAAUAAAGCAUUGAAACAGUAUUACCUUA